AUGGCGACCCCGAUGAAGACCCUACACCGCGUCGCGACGACCGCGACGACGCGGCGCGCGCCUCGCGCGCCGACGACGACGCCCGCGCGUCGCCCUCGUCCGCGUCGUCGCCUCUCGUCACGAUCGGGAUCCGAUCGCGACGCCUCGUCCGCCGCGCGCGCGGCGCCGAACGACGCGUCCUCCUCCUCGACGACGCUCGCGCCGCUGCCGCAGACGUGCGCGGAGCAGGUCGCCGCGUGCGCGAGCUGCGUCGUCGCCGCGGCCGCGUCCGGCGCGAGACGCCAGCGACUGACCCUCCUUCUCCCGACGAACAACCGCGGGGACGACUUCACGUCCACCGAACGCGCCGACUACGAGGCCAACGCGGACGCGGUGUACAGAGCCGCGAUGGAGACCGCGGCGGCGGUGAUGCGGAGAGUGGACGCGAACGGCGGGGACAUCACCGCGACGAGGGUGGACGACGACAACGACCCGGUCGGGGUGCUGCGCAACGCCGCGGGGAGCGUCCGCGCCGUCGUCAUUCCAAACGCGCAGCAGCUCGACGUCUUGCGGAAGCUCGCGGAGGAGAGCGAGCGAGGACGCGACGCCGGCGACGCCGCGAUCACGCUCCUCGUGAACCCGCAGUGGAACGAGAGCGGGCAGAUCAUCUCGGACUUCGGCGUCGGCCCGUGGAAGCGGCGCGCGUUUGACUUUCUCGACACGUUCGCGCCCGCGUUUCAUCUCACAGAAACCCGCGUCGGCGCGGCGUCGACGCGGGACCCGGCGAAGGGCGGGGACUACAUGGGCACCGGCGGCGUCGCGCGGAUCCUGAAGACGCACGGCGGCGCGUGGCAGGUGUUCGCCAUGGGCGGCGAUGGCAGCAGCGAGUGCGUCCGCGUCGAGGAGAGCGAGCCGACGUACGAGUACUUGAACGCCGAGGUGUUCGUGACGCCGGAGUACUCUCUGGCCAGACGAAGGCGGGGCGCUGGGCCGUCGAUGGAGCGUCGGCUCGAGGCAAGCGCGCGGAGCGUGAGCGCGAGCGCGGACGACGACGACGUCGCCGUGGACUGGUCGAUCGCGUCCAGCGCGGAGAUCGCCGCCGCGGUGCGGGUGAAGGCGAUACGCGCGAGGGACGUGGACGCGUUCGAUAAGACGGGGUUGAGGUCCGCGUUGACCGCGCUCGGGCUGCCGACGAGCGGCAAGGUGGAGGGGCUUCGGGAGCGUCUCAGGGAGGCGCUGCUCGGCGAGGACGCGGAGGAGUGGAUCAACUGACUGGUGAUCGGUGGGGGAUUCGAUUCGAUUCGAGUUCGAAUUCGAUGUCAGUUUGAUGUUUACCGUAGUCGGUAGUAUCAUA